AUGCGAAUUUUAAUAAUAAAUUGCUAUGAUAACAAAGACCUAGAAAAAUUCCAACAUUUCCAAUUUCAUGUUAUGAAAUAUUUAGCAGAGUAAAAAGAGUUAAUAGAUACAGAAAAUGAAUUUUAUGUUCGUAAUAGGGAUACUAUAGAGGACUUUCUAUACGAAGUAGAAAGUUCUUAUGUGAAAAAGGAAGCAGCUCAAAAAUUCGAUCAACUUGAUGUCAUAUUCAUUAUUGGAGAUUGUCACACUCGACCUUGGGCUGCUCACAUGGCAAAAAUAUUGGUUUUGUUGAGAAUGUGUUUAAGAGUAUAGAAGCUACUCUUUGCUUCAGGAUUUGCCAUGUAGGCCUUAGUGUAUUUAUCAGCAUCUAAUAUUGAGAGACCUAUCAACUUAAUCAAUUAGAAUGGAGGAAAAUUAUCAGAUCUAAGAGAAUUAAAAAUCCAGAUUUAACAAAGCGAUAUGUUUUUGGAAAACACAUCAGGGGAUUUAUAUGUUUUUAAUUAUGAAACUUCUGAGUGGAUUCCAAAAUUGAAUGUAGGCAUUCACUUAAGGAGUGCAGCCCAAGAAUUCUAAUCAAUAGGAAAGUAUGUUGUUAAGGCUCCUAUUUACAAACCAAAACAAAAUGGCUCCUUUCUAAGUAAAAAUAAAAACACUGAAACUGUUGUCUCAAUAAGAAAUGUUUAUUUAUAACAUUGGGCAUUUAAAGAUAUUGAAUCACGCUUUUUAGCACCAUUAUUGAAUAGAUGGGAUAUUCACAAUUUCUAAUUCAAUAAUUCCGAAAAGAAAUUUAUCUGUCUUGCAGAAAGUGACGAAGGACCAUCAAUAAUUGAGUAUCCCAAGGCUUUGGCUUGCAUGUUUGAAAUUGAUACCAAAUACCCUUUUACAAAUACUUUGCUCAAAAACUUUGUAUAAUAUGCUAUGUACAACAUCAAAGUCUCCAAGUAAGAAAAACUUUAUUAUGUAAAUUUAAGUUCCUCUAAACCUUUCAAUUCAAUUGAGAAUUAUCACAAAGUUAAUACAAAAUCCUCAUCUAUAUUAGAUCUUCUGAAAAACACUAAUAAUUAGAACCAAAAGAAAACCACUCUCGAAUUAAUGUAAAUAAGAGGCAAGAAUGGGAUAGCUUCUCAUAGUCAAUAAAGAUUAACAUACGCUUAAGAGGAAUAAAAAUUAUAGUCCAUGUAGCAUAGUCUCAAAAGGAGAAGUAGUAUCGCCCAUGUAGGAUUUACAUUAAAUAAAAAUGUACCCAUAAGACCAGUGGAAAUAAAUGCUGUUGGGAAAAGGAGAAUAAAGUACUAACAAGGACAACAACCUUCGAGGAAGAUAAGUGCUGAUGAAGCAUAUUUAAAAUCCUAAAGAGACAGUGAAGAUGAUGUUUUUAAUGAAGCACAAUCAAUUUAGAAAACCUUACCUCUUAAGCCUCCCAGCCAAUCAGAAAUACGGAAGUUGUUGCAUCCAGAAAUUUCUAAGUCUUGUUUGGAAGUUAGAGAAAUUUGGAUUCCAGGACAUUUAUCAGAGUAGGUGAAAACUUAAGGAGAUAGAAGGGUAAGUCAGAUUGGAGGAUCAUUUCAAUCGACUCAGACUUCUUAGAGGAGGAGGUGGAUUUGA